AUGGAGAGUGAGCUCAAUAACUUGAUUAAGUUAUGGGUCUUAACAACAUUUUCAUUGUCUUAUUCUUAUCACAUUUCAGCAAAGAUAUCAAAGGGCUUCCCAAGGCUUGUUUCAAUCUUCCCUGUCAUCUUUCUAUUAUCAAUUCUCCCCUUUAACAUUCAUGGUUUCCAUCUUGGAGCAGCCCAUGUGUUUGUCCUUUCAUGGAUGGCCAAUUUCAAGCUUCUUUUAUUUGCCUUUGAUCGAGGUCCCCUUUCACCCCCUCCUGAAAACUUUAUUCUUUUCAUCCUCGCUGCUUGUUCACCCUUCAAAAUCAAAGAAAACUCAGUCAAGGUUCUAAAGGGUGAAACCCCAUUUCAGGGAAAUGAACCAAGAGUUCCCAGUUUGAUCCUAGAGGCUGUAAAUAAAGCUUCGUUGCUGACAUUACUUUUUUAUUCCUAUAACUUUAAGCAAUAUUUUCAUAAACAUGUCCUGUUGAUCCUUUACUUCUUCCAUACUUAUCUUUCAAUUCAGUUUUUGUUGGCUGUGGCUGCAAUCCCAGCUCAGAUCUGUCUUCCUGGUGUGGAACUCGAACCACAGUUCAAUGCACCAGUUCGAGCCACUUCAUUGCAAGACUUUUGGGGACGUAGAUGGAACCUUAGGGUCUCAGAGGCACUUCGUCUGACCAUAUACAGCCCUAUAAAAACAAUUUCUUCCCGUGUAAUUGGAUCCAGAUGGGCUUCAUUGCCUGCUGUUUUUGCAACAUUUGUCACUUCGGGUUUUAUGCAUGAACUGAUAUAUUAUCAUAUAAUCCGCAAAAAGCCUACGUGGGAAAUUACUUGGUUCUUCGUUUUACAAGGAGUUCUGGUUGAUAUAGAGAUUUUUUUGAAGAAAAAAUUGGUGGCCACCGAGAAGUUCCGGCUACACGAGGCGAUUUCAGGACCCUUGGUCCUGGCAAAUAUAGCACUCACUGCUGGUUGGUUAUCUUAUACGCAACUCUUGAGAAAUGGUGUGGAUGAAAAGGUGAUCAAAGAAUUCAAUGCGAUUGUGGAGUUUUUUAAGAGAUCAACGUAAGUUUUAUAAUUUCUUCAUGUAUGGUUUUAUCGAUGAAAAGAAUGUAUAACUUUAUUUGAAGAUUAGUGGAUGGAUGAACCUCAUCAAAUAUUUGUCCUUA